CUGUUUUCCAUCUUUCUUUUUCUUUCCUGCCUUCUGUAAUCUUUUUUCCAACAAAUGUUUUUUUUUUUCUGUAAUCUUUUUUCCUAUUUCCAGCUUUCCAUUUCUUUAAUCAUAGCACCGACCUCUUUCCGCUAAGAAAUCCGAAAGUUUCCUCUCCGGCCGACGACUGUACGUGUACACUUCGGCUCCAUUCUCAAGCCUACAGUCAAGAGCCGCCAACCCUACCGAUUUGAGUCCACUCUUAGGAUCACCAACAACGGCCUUAACGAGGGGUAGAUAGGUAUAAAAAUAUUGGAUUAUACUCACUUAUGAAUUGGAUUCAACCAGCUCUCAAGGUAAGAAUUGUGGGCGGGAGCGCUACUCUUGACAUACUACCUUCUAUAUAAAUAAAUACAUAUGCUAUUGUGAGCAAUAUACCUUUCAAAACUACAUUUAUGUGCUGGGGAGUUUUCAUAGAAAAAUUGGCAUGUUGAUGGCUUCAAAAUGCUGGUGCCAUAAAUCUCCUCCAUUGGAAAGUAUAGAGCCUAUUUCUGUCAAUGUGAGCUGGCUAGUAAAAAUUUGGAAGCAGUCCACUAAAUUCUUUAACAAGAAAAAAGAAUCUGUUUAUGGUAAGUACUAUGCAUAUAAAGAUGUUGUUUAUGGUACCUUUUUAGUUACUUAAUGCAAGGGAGAAGUUAAUAGAGCUACAGAGUUGUAAAUUGUUUGGUCUUUUGGUGCUGCAACAGAUUAGACCCCUUCAUCCUUGGUUGUUAAAAAUAUAUCAUUAAUGUGGAUUUUUGAAUAUUAUAAGUUUCUGUUUUCAUAAGGGAGUAUGAAAGCUCGUGUUAAGAUGAAAUUUAUAAGCGAGUAUAAAUUACAUCUUAACACAAUAUUUCAUACUCCCUUGGUUGUUUAGAAUACAUCAUUAAAAUACAGAGUUUUAAUUUGUGUAAACCCUUUACCAUUGGGGAGUAUGAAAGCUUGUGUUAAGAUGAAAUUAUAAGUUUCUGACCAUUUCAUUUUGACUUUUGAAUGGCUUUUUGAGUAUUGAAUGGCUUGUGUAGAUAGAAUGUGGAUUGAUUUUUGCUUGCAGUUUACUUCUCUGAAAAAUGUGAAUGUAUUGAAAAUGGUUUAACUGCUGGAGCCAUGGGGGCUUAACAUGUUUUGCUAACAGCUGUUCAGUCUAAUGCAUCCCCAGUAUCUAACAAUGGUAUAGCCGUGGUUUCGGACGGGAGAGGAGGCAAAAAAACACCUGAAUCAACUGUUGCCGGAGACUGCAGACAAAACACGAAUCUUGAUGAAAGCCUUCGUCGCUUCUUCCACCCUCGUCCCGCCGCCGUUGGAAGCCAUCAUUAAUCACCCAUCCACCACCAAUUUCCCCUUUCACGAAUUCAAGAUCUGCCAACGGUUCAUCCUCAAAUCUCGACCUGCUGGCACCAUCAGCCCCAGGAGAAACCUGUGUGUAGUCCAUGCCGGGGAGAACAAUGGCGACAGAGAUGUGGCAAGCACGGAAGAGAAGGGAAAGGAAAAGGGCCAGAAGAAUAAUAUGCAGGCCACAUUGAAUUUGAAGUGGGUUGAGCUAUUGCUAGAUCCGGACCCAGAAAACAUUGUGGCGGUUGGGUUAACGGGUCUGCUGGCGUGGGCGGGCGUGCAGAUCUUGUGGCAGCUGUUCGUGAUCUCUUUGGCGAUUCUAGUUGCUGCUCUCAAGUAUUCCUUCAUAGCCGCACUUCUCAUCGUCAUCCUCAUCACUCUUCUUUGAUCACAGCAGAAACUCAAACUCUUCAAUUUGUAAUUUCUGAUGAUGGAAAUCCAGGCUUUUCUGCUCAUGUGAUGUAGUGAUGUAGUCGUUAUUGGAACCCCACGAAGUAUUUACAAGUGAUUGUGAUAUUUAUCUCAAUCCAAUUUGAAUAUUUUAUCUGAAUCUAGAGAAAGUCGACACAAUAUGUAAGAAUGAAUAAAAUAAUUAAUUUUUUCUAGUAUUCUUACCCGUGCGUUGCACGAGAUGC